ACAUCCCUACACCCGCGUUAGUUACCAUAGCAGCGAGAGUUUAAUUUGUGUUCCGCCAUGGCUAGCAGUCCGUCUAGAGUUUUCGCUGCUUUAUUACCCGCCGCGGGAGAUAUUUACCGGGACGAAAACGAACCAGGGAUGGGGGGACACACGGUUACUGUUCAGCGAACCCAGAACAGCGCGCGGGAGGUCCAGGUGACUGGGAGCGCAGAGGCCUCGUGCCCAGCCGACCGCGCUACUGUUUCCGUUAGUUUUAGAAACAGCAAGGAGUCGGUGAACGACGUCACCAACAGCAUCUCAAGGAGAGUAGAGUACAUUCUACAGACCCUGAGACAACACCAUGUCAAGGGGGAAGAGUUGACAGUGACGAGACACAUCUACAGAGCUGAUGACCUGUACCACAUGGAGGCUCUGAUUAUGCUGAUGUCCCGUUGUAAGAACCUGGAGAGCUCCAUUGGUUCUGAGGGAGGUGACGUGGCCACAAACAGUGCCUGGGACACCUUCCAACGCUACUGCUGUCUGGAGAACAGCCAGAAGGUGGUCAAGACAUCUGCUGCAACUUCAUCUUUAGUGUGUCAGCUCUGCUGCACCUGGGAGCUAUGGCACCGUUUUCCCAACAGUCAUGUAUGCUUAAACAUACUUGUGUGCUCAUUUAUGUGUUUAAAGAGUCAAUCAGUAGUUUAAACAACAACAACAAAGUGGAUCUCCCAGCCAUGUUUCAGUAAAAAGCUGCGGGAUGGGGCUGUAGAAAUGUAACCACCCUCUCUAAUUCAUAGACAGAGCUAUGGCUGCAAGAACUGACCAUCACGCAUCCUUCAAUAGAUGUAUUUAUUUUUGUUGGAGGAGACGACCCAAGGUUCCUCGCCUUGGACCUCCUUCAAAGGAUUUUGAGAAGGAUGCGAGGGGUUAAGGAGAGAUGAAUUGGGACAGAGCUCACUUAUUCUGUUUGCACUGAUAUCUUUGUUCUACUUGUGCCGUUUCCACAGAUGGCCCUUGCUUGCUGAUAACAUCUGAUCCGACUCUCCCUGCGAUUUGACUCCUGCAUUACUAACUUUAUUCAAUAAAACUUCGAAUGCCAAAUUUAAA